AACUGUCACAUUUUGUUUGACUCGAAGUUUGUGGAUUACGAUUUACGUUUUGCAAAUGUGAUUGCGAAUAAAUAAUAACUACUUAAAUGAUCGCGAAAUUAUUUUAAUUAUUUCGUGCUUCAUGUUUAUCUUUUCCAAAAUUAAAACUGUGUUGUGAUACUUACGACAACGAGUAGUAAUCACUGAAAACAUGGCCCAAUUUAACUAUCUCAACGAAUUGAAUACUUUAGCCACAAUAGACGGGCCUCUAACCCGCGGGCCGCUGCAACGUUGGGUGAAAAAGUCAAAUAACGAGAACAUUAACCCAUCUCUAAGUACAUCGUCGAAAAACAUAUCCAACAUAAACUUGAGUGCAUGUAAUCAGUCUAUGCAAAAGUUGUCCGUGUCUGGUAACAUAAGCUGCAACAACAGUGUUCUAUCUAGCAACAAGACGCCAACAAGAAAUGAGAAUAAAAAGGGUAAAAAGACUCCUUCUAAGAACAAGUCUCCUGGCAGAUCAACCACUCCGACCCCUAAUAAACUAGCGAAGACACCAAACAAAGCAGACAGAUUCAUACCUUCUAGAAGUAAUUCUAAUUAUGACUUAUGCCACUAUAUGUUAAAUCGUGAAGAAGAAGAAGAGAUAGCAGCACAGACAGCAACCGGCGAAGCCAUAGGGAGAGCCCUGGCCGACACUGAACCUGGGCGUCUUCUACAGUACACCUGCAAAGCUCCCGCAGCACCUGAGGGCUACCAGAACAGACUAAGAGUGGUAUAUUCACAGGCGAAAGUUCCAUCCACAGUGAAGAGCACAACAAGAUACAUUCCACAAGCACCAGACAGAAUAUUGGAUGCACCUGACAUUCUUGAUGACUAUUAUCUCAACUUGAUUGAUUGGAGUGCAUCAAACAUAUUAGCUGUGGCCCUCAGCAAUACUGUGUACCUAUGGAAUGCAACCACUGGUCAAAUAGAACAGCUUUUAUCUCUAGAAGGUUCGGAGACUAUUUCAUCAGUAGCGUGGGUGCAAGGAGCCAGUUCGCAUUUAGCAGUUGGCACUUCCGCUGCAACUGUAGAACUAUGGGAUUGCGAGAAGAUUAAGAGAUUAAGGAUGAUGGACGGACACACGGGACGAGUGGCGUCGUUGGCGUGGAACCUGUACGUGGUGUCGAGCGGAGCGCGGGACGGCAACAUCGUGCAUCACGACGUGAGAGAGCGCAACCAUGCCGUGUGCACCAUCAACGCGCAUACGCACGAGGUGUGCAGUCUGAAAUGGUCCCCGGAUGGCAAGUGCCUGGCGUCUGGUGGUAAUGACAACUUGCUCAAUAUCUGGCCCAUAGCGCAGGGUCAGCACUACAGCCAGCCACAGUACCUACACCAGUUUAACCAACAUCAAGCAGCAGUGAAAGGCCUAGCCUGGUGUCCGUGGAGCGCGGGUAUCCUGGCGUCAGGUGGCGGCACCGCGGACCGCACCAUACGGAUAUGGAACGUCAACACGGGCGCCAACCUCAACACCGUUGAUACUAAGUCACAGGUGUGUUCGAUCGUAUGGAGCACGCAUUACAAAGAGCUGGUCUCGGCUCACGGCUACGCGCAGAACCAGCUGGUCAUCUGGAAGUAUCCCAUGUUGACACGCGUCACGGAGCUUUGUGGUCAUGAAGCGCGCGUUUUGCACCUCGCGCUAUCGCCCGACGGCACGACUAUACUUUCCGCCGCCGCUGACGAGACAUUGCGGCUGUGGAAAUGCUUCAUGCUGGAUCCGUCCAAAAAGAAACAGCCAACAGAUUCAAAGGCAGCCAAGUCAAUACUCAAUAUGAACUCGCUUAUUAGAUAGGUAAUACAUAGACUGCAGUAUGAAAUCUGCAUCUGAAUUUGACUGAUAAUUGUGAUUUUUUAUACAUAUAUUUUUAUGUAUUAUUUUUUUUGUAACAACUAUGAAGGCUGAUUGAGUUAAAUUAACAUUUUGGAAUUACAUACAUAAAAUAAUAAUAAAUAAUAAAAAAAUGUAAUAUCAAUUUCUGGGUUUCAAAAUUAAUCAUAGAUUUUUAGAUUAUCAUUUCUCAGCUAAGUCCUAGAAUCAAGUUAUUUAUAUUUAUUGUGUAUACAUAUUUAUCUAUACAGACAUCAGGGCUAGUGCUCCUUUUGAUGUUAUGUAAGGGAUGCAUGGAAAAAUUUGUAUACACUCAUAUAUAUUGUAUACACUGUUGCCCAGAGGCUUCCCUGGGCAACAGUGUAUAUAGUAUGUCCAGUGUUUUGAACAUGUUCUGACGUAGAGCUUGGAUAACCCUGACCUGUAUGAACCAAAAUCACCACAUCCUUUCAACAACGUAAUGUCAUGACUUGCCAUUUUUUUGUCACUAAAAUGUUUAGUUACUUAAUGCAUAGUUACACUGAUGAGACAAAAAAAAUACCUAUUAUUUUAUGAGGAUUUUUUUUUAAGAAAUUUUGACUUAAUACUGCUCUUUUAUUAGGUGGCUAGUUUGUGAUCGAACGUUCUUGAUAGGGUGUGGCAAAGUGAGUUUUUAAAUAGUUUUACAUUUUGACAUAUAUUUUCGACGGCCAUAAUUUUUUUGAAAUGUACCUUAUUUGACUAAACUUAUGAGAAGUUGAGGUCGUAAAAUGUUUCGCGAUCUUGCUUUUCUAGUACCUAAAACCUCUAUAAUCUUAGUUAUGCUUUAAAGAUUUCUUAUUUCUUAAGUAACUUCUUAAAUAUUUCUUGUGUCUUGUGAUUUUAUUUCAACGUUUCAUUACCUCGACUUCCUUAUUUUAAGUUUCUUUGUAUAAUUUAUGUCGCUAGUAUAAUUUUUGCUUUGUUUAAGAAAUGAAUUGAUAACUCUGAUUUAAGAUUCUUUUUAAUUAGUAUUGAUAUUGUUAUAUUUUUUAUUUUCAAUAAAGAUU